AAUUCCAUCCAAAACCGGCAGCUGUUAGCCGAGCAAGUGAGUAGUCACACCACCUCCAGCCCUCUGCAUUCACGUAGCGUUGCUGCGAAAAGGAAGAAUCAGAAAGGGACAUUUUUAAAUGCCUUGGUUAGUGCAACUUAAUAUUUAGUUCACUUAGAGUUAUCUAAAAUUUGUGUUUUCUCAACUGACCCUGUCUUGUCUGUCUGUCUGUCCCCAUGCGUCUCUUUUGCUAUCCCUGACCGGACGGGACUGGUGGAUGACACACCCCUGCAGGAGCUGGAUGAGCUUGCUGAUGACCGUAUGGCACUGGUGUCAGGCAUUAGCUUAGAUCCAGAAGCAGCCAUUGGCGUGACAAAACGGUACCCUCCUAAAUGGGUGGACAGCGUGGAUGAAAUCCAGUAUGAUGUUGGCCGGAUUAAGCAGAAGAUGAAGGAGUUAGCCAGCCUCCACGACAAGCACCUCAACAGACCCACCCUGGACGACAGCAGCGCAGAGGAGCACGCCAUUGAAAUCACCGCCCAGGAGAUCACGCAGCUGUUCCACAGGUGCCAGCGCGCCGUGCAGGCCCUGCCCAGCCGGGCCCACAGGGCCUGCUCCGAGCAAGAGGAGCGGCUGCUUCGGAAUGUGGUGGCCUCCCUGGCGCAGGCCCUGCAGGAGCUGUCCACCGGCUUCCGGCACGCACAGUCGGGCUACCUCAAACGCGUGAAGCUUCGCGAGGAGGGCUCCCAGCACUGUUUCGGUGUGUCAGCAGCGCUAGUGGAUGAUGGAGAGGACGAUGCUCUUCACGACCGGGGUUUCACAGAUGAGCAGCUGGUGCUGGUGGAACAGAACACCCUGAUGGUGGAGGAGAGGGAGCGCGAGAUCCGCCAGAUCGUGCAGUCCAUUUCCGACCUCAAUGAAAUCUUCAGGGACCUGGGGGCCAUGCUGGUGGAGCAGGGUACAGUCCUUGAUAGAAUUGACUAUAAUAUUGAGCAGUCCUGUAUCAAAACUGAAGACGGCCUGAAGCAGCUUCACAAGGCAGAGCAGUAUCAAAAGAAGAAUCGGAAGAUGCUUGUGAUUUUAAUAUUAUUUGUCAUCAUCAUCGUCCUCAUUGUUGUCCUCGUCGGUGUGAAGUCUCGCUAAGUGGCGCUGGGUUCCCGUGGUGCCGCACACUCGGAUCUCCCACGUGUGAGGGGACCGGCCACGCUGCCGGCUACCUGCAGAGGGGCUGCCUGCCUGUCCACGGGCCCCUCCCGGCGCUGCUCAGCCCAGGGCGUGAGCUCUUGUGUCUCCUUCACUGUCAGGAGCUUGGGACUGUGGGUUCUGUUGCAGAAUAGAGGUGGAGUUCUGUCAUCAGCUAUAAUGUAUUUUUUGUUGGAGUUGAGUGCUGGCGGGCCUUGCAGAGCUGUUCAGUAUUACGUAUACAUGCUAUUUUUUUUAGCAGUUGUGUCUGAGCAGCAUCAUGUUAAAAUAAUUUUUGGAAAAAAAUUUUUUAAAGCCAUGUGGUUUUUAAGAAAUUUGGUACCAAAAAUUUAUGAGUAGAGGCAAAAAUGCCUCUUCAUCUUUCUCUCCAUUUUCCAGUUGACAACAGGCUGAGAAGUCCUUUAAGAAUUUAUAAUCCGUUCCCCAUUAACUUAAUUUCGCUUUUCCAUCACUGUUAAUGAUCAGAGUAACAACGUGUGAAAAAUAGAAAGCCAUCAUUGAUGUUAAUUAACACAUUUAGAUGGGCCAGUUCAAACAGCGUCAUAAGUUUAAAUUAAUUGUAAAUAGAGUAUGCCUCAUUUUA